UUCGUAGUCACUUUCAGUAACAUCAAAGAUCGUGUUGAAUUCCAUUCGUCAGAUUGAUUUUUACAGUUUUAGAAAGAAAAAUAUGCAUAGAUUUAGACCAUAUAGAUUCAUUUAAAGACGUUUACUUCAUACUGAUCAUAUAAGUUGCAACGUUGGUGUUUUAGAAUCAUGGAUAGAUUUUCAGUAUUUCAGAAAAUUGAAAAACAACGUAAUGAAAUAUAUGAUAUUCCUCAGUAUAAAAUGAUAGAGAAAUACAUACGAUUUUUGGGACAAGAUCCACGUCAAAAAAGCGAAUCUAGAACUAUUAUUGUAUUUACAUUGAUAAUUAGUAUCGCAAGUAUUGUCAUUCCAACGAUACUUGAAUUAUAUAUAUCGUUACGUAAUAAGGAUAUGGACGGUGUGAUUGAAUGUAUGCCGCAUUUUAUCGCAUCUUCGAUUAGUGCCAUUAAACUAUUAAAUUUACAUUUCAACAGACAAAAUUAUAACAUAUUGCUUCAUUUUGUAAUAAAAAAAUUGCAACAACUAAAAUCAACAUAUGAAUUGAAUGCUCUUGAUGAAACAAUCAUGCAAGGCAAAAGAAUGGCACAAUUAUAUCGAAAUACUUUAUUUUCUUUUCUAAUUUUGUUUUUACUGGUCCCACUAGUUUCUCCUAUUUUGGAUAUUGUUCAUCCAUUAAAUCAAACCCGAUCUCGACAACAACUACUUAGAGUUAAUUACAUUAUUUUCGACAUUGAUGACUAUUUUUUUUACGUUUAUUUACAAUUAGCUUGGGGAUCAAUUAUUGUCGUAUUAACUAUAAUCGCUGCUGAUUGGUUCUACAUUCUUAUAAUUCAUUUUAACAGCGGAUUGUUUGCGGUGUGUGGAGUUCAAGUUUUAGAAGCAACAAUGAAUUCGAAUUUAGUUUCUAAAGAUGCGUUUUCUAAGAAUUCGUCGUAUGAAAAAUUUAGAACUUGUGUAAUCAUGCAUAACGAAGUUAUAGAGUUUUAUAAUAUUUUGAAUGAAAAUUGUCAGUAUAGUUACUUAAUUCAGGUUGGAUUAAAUAUGCUGGGUAUGAGUACAACAGCCGUUCAAACAGUCAUAAAUUUAGAUAGACUGGAUGUAGCAAUUAGAAGUGCUGUAUUUUUUGGUGCCGAUCAGUUUCAUUUGUUUUUGCUCAGUUUACCUGGACAAAUACUUUUGGAUCAUUGUGCUGAUUUUGCAAAUGCUAUAUAUGGUUCCACGUGGUAUGGAACAUCAUUGGAAACUCAAAAAAUGCUUUAUAUGAUGCAAAUAAGAAGUAAAAAACUAUGUGCCUUAACUGCAGGUGGAUUGUAUGAUAUGAAUAUCGAAAACUUCGGAAUAACUUUUAAAACGUGUAUGUCAUACUUCACAAUGAUAAUGUCGUUUAAAUGAUUCUACGAUAUUCGUAAAAAGUAUACAGCCAAAUCUAUUAUAUUUCUUAUCCAAAUUAAUUAAGGAUACGAAUAAUAGUAGAAAUAAUUAAUAUGUAUUGUUAAUGUUAAAUAGUAAAACAUGGUAACAAAUUUUGUCAAACACACAAAUAAAACGAAAUAUUGUAAUAUUGUAAUGUAUAAAAAAUAUUAUAAAUCUUACCAAAAUAACGAAUUGAUUAACAUUUCAUAGCGUCAUUCCAGUUUCAAUAAAUUACAAGAAGAAUUUUUUUAUUUUUGCGAAUUAAAAUGAUAUAAAGUGAAUGUUGAUUUACAAAAUUUUAUAAAAUUAUAUAUAUUAUCCAUAUAUCGCAAAUAACAAUUUUUCACUGACUCUGAAAAAGAGAAUUCAUAGUUGAAAAUCCAAGGAAUUAAUAUUAUUAAACACAGAAAUACGAUUUUUUUAAUAAUUUUCAAUAAUUUGAAAAUUAUUCUUCUGUCUAUCACUGACCGUUUAGUAAACACCAUAUUGCAAGUAAUCAAUAUUUCAAGAUAAUCAUGGAUCUUCGAUUUUAACCAUAAAUGGCAGGCGCCAAUAUAACUGUUUUGUACAGUCAUUUUCUUAUCUACGAAACAAUUGUUGCAUAAGUUAAUUCAAUAAGUGUGCAAUAAUACAUAUAUGUCUUACAAGAAAAUGAUUCGCAAUUAUUCGUAAUACCUACUGUUGUUACACAUAUCGAAUAUUAUCGUACAUUGAAUGUAACUGCAUUUAUCAGAUUGAUUUCUUCCUUUCUAAAAAGAAAGACAUUCAAGAAGAUAUUGGUUUUGGAACAAGUGUUUCUAUAAUUUUACAAUAUUGCAAAUGUGCAUAGUAAGAAAAAAUGUUAAAUUACAUUUAAUGUUA